UUGAUUGUGUUGGACGAAUUUUGUUGCAGCUUAUGGUAUUCUAGAAAAUGACACUUUGGUGUUCAAGUAUGAUGGCCGUUCUUCCUUUAUUGUGUUGAUUUUUGAGCAAAGCGGCUGUGAGAAAGCUGCUUCUCAUUGUGCAAUGAGAAAGGAUGUAUGGAAGAAUUAUGUGCAAUAGCUUAUGGUAAAAAGGACAGACAUCCCUGCCAUGAAAGCUCUCCCAGAACUUCUGAGCAACCAAAACAAUUAGCUAUGUUCAAAAGAUUUGAGAGUAAACAAAAAGAUACAAAGAGAAGCAUAUCCAAGAGGAGAAUGAAUACAACGAGUACAAAAAGAAUUCUUAGACAGAAGAACUUCACUGGUACAAGGGGAAAGAAAUCCUUAAAUGAACAAGAAAGUGAGAUCAAAGAAGGGACCAUGAACCUCAGCAAUGAAGUUUCUUUGGCUAAGCAGUGGAAUCCCAAGGAUUUCAUCAUUUCAAAAAAAGCACGACUUACUGAUGCUGAGAAGAGCAUUGUGCUCCACUUAGCUGAAACAAUUCAAACAGAUAGGCCUACAUUUGUGUCAAUCAUGGUGCCCAGCUGUAUCAGCAAAAGAUUUUAUUUGACCAUUCCCAUAGCUUUUGCCAUUCAAUAUCUUCCACGAGCAAGCGGCAGAGUUCUUCUGCAACGAAAUGACAAGGAGAGAACUUGGCCUGUUCAUUGUCUUGUUCAGGGGAAUUCAGUUGGGUUUUCUUCUGGAUGGAAGGAAUUUGCUCAAUAUAACCAGUUGAAUGUAGGUGAUGUCUGUAUUUUUGAGAUGUUGGAAGCUCAGAAAGGUGUAUUAAUGGCGGUUCACAUCAGUAGGAUUAAGUAGAUUA